UCGUCUCUCUCUCUCUCUCGUGAGUCGUGAAAUGGCUUCGUCUUCCCCAACUUCACUCACCGGCUCGGAUCAUUCGGAUGCAGACCACGUUUCACUCGAAAUAUCUCAUCUCCCGGACGGGGAAUCAGAAAGGCAGAAUGAGCCUGUGAUCACGUUAAACUCCGAAGAGUGCUUGGAUGAUCAGAAGCUCACCAGGAUCCCGUCAUUGAAGCCAUCGCCCAGCGUUCACAUCACCAUGGACAGCCACCUGUCACCGGGAAACCGGACUAAUGCCUCGCAGGUGAAUGCGGAGAAUACUUGCUUAGUGGAUGAAGCGUGGGAGAAUCUGACGAAAUCGGUUGUUUUUUACAAGGGAAAGCCGAUUGGAACUCUCGCCGCUCUAGACCCUAGCGCCGACGCGUUGAACUAUAACCAGGUGUUCGUGAGAGAUUUUGUGCCUAGUGGAUUAGCCUACCUAAUGAAACCGCAGCCAGAGCCAGAGAUCGUGAAGAACUUCUUGUUGAAAACCCUCUACCUCCAAGGUUGGGAAAAGAGGAUCGACAACUUCACUCUUGGUGAAGGUGUUAUGCCUGCUAGUUUCAAGAUCCAGUAUGACUCACACCGUGGGAAAGACACUUUGGAAGCGGAUUUUGGGGGGAGUGCGAUUGGGAGAGUGGCACCUGUUGAUUCAGGGUUCUGGUGGAUUAUUCUUCUCAUGUCGUAUACCAAGUGCACAAGGGAUCGUACGCUGUCUGAGAUGGCCGAGAUGCAAAGGGGGAUGAGGUUAAUACUGAACCUUUGCCUUGCUGAUGGUUUCCACACCUUUCCAACUCUACUAUGCGCGGAUGGCUGUAGCAUGAUAGACAGAAGGAUGGGCAUUUAUGGGUACUCAAUAGAGAUCCAGGCCCUAUUCUUCUUUGCACUUAGGUGCGCAAGGCAGAUGCUAAAGCCCGAGAGUGGCGGCAAGGAAUUGAUAGAGAGGAUCGACAAGCGGGUCACAGCCCUGAGCUACCACAUCCGCACCUACUUCUGGCUUGACUUCACCCAACUAAACAACAUCUACCGUUACCGCACCGAGGAGUACUCCCACACUGCUGUCAACAAAUUCAACGUCAUCCCCGACUCCAUUCCUGACUGGGUGUUCGAUUUUAUGCCUUUACGAGGUGGGUAUUUCGUUGGUAAUGUCAGCCCAGCUCGCAUGGACUUCCGAUGGUUCUUGGUCGGCAAUUGCAUUGCGAUCUUGAGCUCUUUGGCCACACCGCAGCAGGCCACAGCCAUUAUGGAUCUGCUUGAGGAGCGGUGGGAGGACUUGAUAGGAGAGAUGCCCUUGAAGAUCGUGUAUCCAGCGCUGGAGGGUCACCAGUGGAGGAUCGUCACCGGCUGUGAUCCGAAGAACACACGAUGGAGUUACCAUAACGGCGGGUCUUGGCCAGUUCUGUUAUGGCUACUGACGGCGGCGUGUAUCAAGUGCGGUAGGCCACAGAUAGCCAAGAGAGCCAUAGAGCUGGUGGAGCAACGCAUUUCCAAGGACGGGUGGCCAGAGUACUACGACGGUAAGACUGGGCGGUACAUUGGAAAACAAGCUAGAAAAUACCAGACGUGGAGCAUCGCCGGCUAUCUGGUAGCAAAGAUGAUGAUAGAAAACCCUUCAAAUCUCCUUAUGAUCUCUCUCGAGGAUGACAAGAAAAUUGCCAAACCUAGGCUUACCCGGUCUCUUUCCUGGACAUGUUGAUCUCUGCGUGUCACGACCCUGCACUGCACAGAAAUGAAACGUGAUUGAUGCUUGAAAGAGAAUAUAUAUAAAAAGAACACAACAGGUUGAAGGCUUGUUGGGGUUACAUUCUAACCAUACGCCAGUUGGCAGUAGCACACAGGUUGAGGGCUUGAAUAUUGAUUGGGGAAGUUCACCUUCACCGAUAUGCUCCUCUACUUCUCAGAAAUUUCUCCUUUAUUCUAUCGUACUGCUCCUGGCUCCAUACAAGCAGAGCUCCCCAACAUACUGAAACUCUUCUAUAAAGAUUUUACUAUGACUUCAUUUCUUUUACUACGAAAUAUUUGUUUUAGUUUGACCGGUAGAUAACACACAGAGAGAGGGAGAGAGAGAGAGAGAGAGAGAGCUUAUCUGGUGCUUCAUCCAUAGAGAAAAUCAGGCUAAGCAUGUUUUUGAAAGAGGUAGAAGGAUAAAUUACCUCCAGUUUAACGUUGCUUGCUCAGAUGAGUAUCGCAGUACCAGGUCUAG